AUGAGGAUUGGAUUCGAGAAGCCAGUUGGUUCUCACGCCGAUGUGAAGGAAUUGGAAUACAUCUCAGCUCUUCAUCAAACAGGUUUGACGAUACGGAAGAAUGGUAGCAUUGAAGCCGACGAUAUCGUCGCUUUGCUGCACAGUCGCUUUGGACUUGAAGUCAAGAAAGAAGCAAUCGAAGAUGAAGUUCUCGUCGACUUGGCCGGGGAUCCGAAGAAUAUUCCAACCCAUGUGCUCGACCUAAGGCAGGCCAUUGCCAUCCUACUUAUCCCCCACUUGCUUAGGUGUCUCAAGGAAAGAGACCCCGAUGACCAGAUUGCCUCCAUUGUAGAUGAAAUACGGUCCAGCUUUCUCAAUGCAACUCUCUCUGCAGAAUCAGAGCAUGAGACAUCAGCCUCAAUUAUGAUCACCAAAGCUUUUGUGACCGAUUUGUUGGCACAUUGUGAUGAGAUGGAUGUUUCUGAGGAGCUUGUUGAACAAAUGGUGGAAGUCGCCGGUGGAGAAGGGGUAGAGUUCAAUACCGAAACCUUCUUGAAGGCGUUGACUCAAGAUCUGGAGGGCUACAACCUAGAGUGGGAAAGCAGACUCAGCACCACCUAUAUGGAUAUCCUGGGAGCUAGACCUCCCAUCCCCAUGGGACGCGAAGGAGGAUUGGUGCGUCGUUCCAGUAGUGUCUUUCUGCGCAAGAGCGCCACCAACAAAAGCCAAAUGUCUGCCAGCACCACGACAUACUCCAAUGUGAAGAAAGAUGCGGCAGAGAAGCAGCCAGCGGAUUGCGCCAAAACACUUACAGGCGCUGAAUUUACUUAUGCCGACGCAGAAGAGGAACCUGACCUCCGAGAGGAGUUGGCCAUGAAAGCGAACAAAGUCCUGACAAUUCCAGGAAUCGACAACACUGCAGAUCUGUAUGGAAGCCAGACAUUCGUCGUCCUCCAAUGGUGCGCUUUCAUGAUCCUAUUCGUUGCGUUUGUUUAUGGAGGUGAAGGAGAUGGGAACAUCGAGACCAAGUGUGAUCCUGACAAAUUUGGUUGCAAAGUUGGUAAUGCGAUUCUGAACUGGCUGGGAAUAUUUGCCCAACUCGUGGUCCUUGGUGGAUUGUUCUUCAUGUUCACCUCCAUUGCAAACAGUUCUUUCCUGCCGCACAGUUGGAUAUCCAUUGCCCGCGUUCUUAUCGGCAUGGUCGCUGUGUUUGUGUUCUGUGUCAUGCCCGAGUUCUCGGACGUUGACACUUGGUUCUUCAGCACAUCCUGGGACACACAAAACCAAUUAUUUCUUCUCUUUGGUGUGUCAGCAGUAGGAGUAGGAGCUCUUCUGUUGAUAUUGCAACUUCAAACACUGGUUCGGUUGCUAGUGCCAUACAACACUCUUCAACAGAACGAGACACUGAGACGCUGGCUUGAGCCUGGUAUAUUGAAGAAAGAUCUCAACACAAAACGUGCGGCAACCUGGAAGACAAACAAAAUGGUUGAAAACGCGUUGAGCCUCCAUCGGACUAAGAAAUCUGAUGCCGAUCAAUCCACAGACGGUGGUGGAAUCUCGAUCUCGUCGACACGGCGAUCAGGAGUCACCGGGCAAGCAAUGUUCAACUUCCUCGCCACGGCCCACCACACGGAGAAGACGGGCUCAAUGAUAUGGGCCUGGAAAGGUUUCUUCACAGGAUCAAUAUGCUAUGAAGAAGGGGUUUGGUUCCACUCAAGGCUCUUGGCCUCCGCGUUGGUACAAGUCAUGGUUAUCAUUGUUACAGUCACUAUAUUCGCCAUCGCAGUUAUCGACGUCCAGAAUGCUUACGCCGUGGCAAGAGGCGAGAUUAUAUAUUGUGGUAGCUCGGGAUGCUACGGCGGUGACGUGGAUUAUCUGUACAAUGAGACUACAGGCAACUGGACAGAGGUUGAUAAGCCAAGUCUCAAAGAGCUCCUGAACCAGUCUGUGGCUGAAGCCUUCCAGGAAGCAACCGCCGAAGAGAGGGCAGAAUUCAUCACGGAGAUCGAAGCUGUAGUUUUUGAGGCAAGUGGCGUGAACGUUAGCAGUCCUACAUUGGAAGCGUAUUACCAAGAUGGAAUCGUCGGCUCCGCGACCAAGUGGUUCGUGGAGAAUGCAGCUGAAGAAGAUGUAACCUUUGGAAUUGCCAUUGGCUUCGUCUUUUCCAUUUUUUCAACCUUUUGGAUCCUGUUUGGUUACACGCCCUCUUUCGUCUUCAACGUCAUGAAGUUUCGAUACGGCGUCGUCCCAAGUCUCUACAGCUCUGACUUCCAGCUAUAUCGAAAUGCACCUGAUCAUGCCACCAUCGUCUUUGGCAUGGCUUUUUGGGCCCAGCUCUUCACUUCGUUUUUGGCGUUUUUAAUCCCCGGUUUGGUUGCCUUCAUUUUGGUGUGGGAUGAGACAAAGGAUCAAGUCCAAGGUGUUCUGGCACAGCUUGUAGGUAUCGCAGCCACGCUUUUGCUCAAAAUCCUCGUCAUGUUGGGCCUGAGGCGUUUGUUACUGGCAGGAUUCUACCGGCGGAACCUGGCACCUGCCAACGCCCUCUUUUUGGUUCUCGAGUGCUGGAAUGUUGCCCUGAGUGCAGGGUUUUUGGUAGCAAGAACAGCGAUCUUCGUUUUGUGCUCCAUAUUCUAUCUCGGCCGUAUCGACACACCUUUCCUUGCUCCCGGAGUAGACCGUUUUGAUUUGCUACCGAACCUCUUUCUCGAUAGGGCCCCUGUUUUCUACCGGAAAGAUCUUUUGCAGCACGAGGCGCACAGGCAUCCAUACAUAGACAGGUUGGCUGCACUUUAUCUUUUGAAGCUCAACCUUGGCCCCUCGUUCGCUACCCGAGCUGGAUCUUGUUGGCGUCUCAUCUUUAGUAUACAACUAAUGCCAUGGGUUCGAAGGUACAAAGUUCACCAUGACACGGACGAAGUCGGGGCAGAGGAUGACGAAGAGGAACGCCAAGCUCCUCCCUCCAAGAAUCGUGGAAAGACUUUGCGAGAAUCUGUGUUGGAAGAGGAAGUUAUGAAGCUACGCGCGCAAACGGCUGAGCUAAAAGCAAAAAUGGAGAAAAUGUCAAGCCAAAGGGUUCUUGAGACGGGCGACAGCAAUGUAAAGAAUGAGCUCGUGGAAGAGGACGUGGUCAAAGCCGAGGAAGACUUCGUGGCAAACGAGGAUGACGUGCGCAAGAGCCCAAAGCACACCGAAACAGAUGCGUCCUCCACGGCAGAAGAGGUUCGGGUGUCGAGCCCAAAGAAGAAAAAGAGAAAGAAGCCCACAGAGACAGAGACUUCAGUAAGAGCCGAGGCUGGAGUGACGAGCCCAUCGAUGGACAGGAGAGAUGCACCGGGCAGGUUAAGCACAAUGAGAUCUACCGAGAAACCACACAAAAAGUCUGAGGAAGACGAGGGAGCCCUCGCAGAAGGACAGUACUUUGUUUAG